GGCAGACCCUUUUUCUCGCUCAGAGCGAGAUCGCUUUGUCCGGGCGGCGCGCCAUGGGCCAGCGCCUUUGCGGCAGCGGCGUUCUCUGGUGAGAGCCGCCCCGCCAGCCGGCAGCCCUGCGCCAGCAUGGCCAGUGUCGCAUCACGCAGCAACGCCAGCCAGCCGGACGCCCCCUGCAGCGACCACGGCAGUUUGGCGAGCCCGUGCUCCAGCAGAAGCAGCAGUGCCACAAGCAGAAGCAGCAGUGCCACAAGCAGGCCGGCCGCUACCCCAGAAAGCGUGGCGCCGCCCGUCGUUGCCAAGACGUUCAGCCCAGAGUUGGAGCCCCAGCGCCGACCAUUGGGACAGCAGGGCCGGCGAGCGAGCGCGCCAGAUGUCAUCCGAGCGAGCCGGGCUGGGGCCACGACCGACGACGGGACGUCGACAGAGCCGUUGUUGUGGCGCCGCAGCGUCACGAAAACGGUGGAAGUGCCGACGGCCAUGCAGACGAGUCCUUCUGAGGUUACUUCCAGGGCGAGGGGUCGCCGAGACCCAGCGGACGAGGAGCACGACGACUUCGACUGGGAGGCGAUGACCGCUGGCGAGUGGGCAGCGCGCCUUAUGUGCACGAGCGCCAGUGAGCGCCGGGAGUCCUGCGUGAAUCUUGUCAGCCGCCUAGAGGCGAUGCUCCCUUCUUGCAUCCUGGAGAGCCUGGUGAAGGUAAAGAUCGCAGACAUGCUCGAGAGCGAGUUCGAGGCGAAGCUGCAGGCCAUUUCGCAUCAGUCGUUCAACUUGGUGAAGAACGACGUGGCGGAGUUGAAGGCCCUUCGCGUGGAGAAAGAAGAGUUCGAGAACCGCAUGAUGCUCAUGAACAGCACGUACCUUCGCGAGAUCACUUCGAAGCGCGAUUUGACUCGCACGGAUAGUUGCGCCGUGAUCGAGAUGCUCAGCAAGGAGGGGCACGUCGGCGGUGACGUACAAUUCUACGAGCCUUUGCAGCACUUGAGCGACGAGGUGAGGCAGUGCGUCAUGUCCAUCCUGGAUGAGAAGCUGAAAGCGAUAUUCGAAUGGAGCCCAGAAAUGAAGGAGAAGACCAGCAAGUUCGAGCUCGCUAAGUUCGAGGACGGACUUUUGCGGGAGCGGCUGGCAUCCUAUACGGUCCUCAACGGGCAGUUGCGGGAGGAGUUGCGCGAGCUGCGCCAGCGGGCGAAGCAGGCGGAGAUCGGCAGCCAGAGGAGCGAGUGGGAGCAGCAGAAAGCCGAGUCACAGAGCAGCAUGCUGAAGAGGCAGCUGGAGGCUGCGCAGAAGGAGUUGGAGUCGAUCAGUCGCCAGUACGACGAGGUCUGCAGGGACGCCCAGUCCCUGCGGGAGAGGCUGGCAAGGGCAGCUCAGAUAGAGGUGGCGGGCGCCAGGGAGCAGGGCGAUGGUGGCGAAGGGCCGGAAGCGCCGGCCCCGGGGGCAAAGGAGGAGGGGAAGGAGGAGGACGACCAGCAGAAGAAGAGGCCGCAGCCCGCCGCCCCCAAGCAGAUGGUGGCAUGCGGCGUGCAGACCGACGCCACCCAGACCGACGCCACCAGGACCCCGACGCCAGCGGUCUCGCGCGAAGGUACCAAGGAGAAAGAGCUGACGCCGCUGACGCCCCCUGCGGGCAAGCCCAGCCCGAGGCAAAGGCGACGCAGCCACAGCGAGGUAUUGAUGCUGUCGGAGGCAGCGGACCUGGGCGACCCCAUCGAGAAGCGCCUGUACCAGGCGGAGCGACAGGCCGAGCUAUCCACGAAGCUCCUGCACCAGCGCGACGAGCUGAUCCAGUCCCUGCAAUCGCGCGUCGAGAGCCUGCAGAACACCGUCGAGGGUUUGCAGGCCGCGGCAGACGGGGGCGCAGCAGGCCCAAGCCUCGGAGGCCCCACGCGAGGGGCGCCCCCGGACGACGGCGCCGCCUGGGAGCGCACCGUCAGCUUCGCCUCGGACCGCAGCGCGUCGGACCGCAGCGCGGCGGACCGCAGCACGGCACCCCCCGCGAGCCCCACGGAGGGCGACGCCGCGGCCAUGGGGGCGCGCGGGGGAGGCAGGGCCCCCGCGCGUGCAGCCGAGGCCGGGCGCGGGAGUGGCGUAGAGGGCGAAGGGGCUGCGGGCGGGGCGGAGCCACCGGAGGAAGGCCCAGUGGGGGCCGCGCGGGAGGCGCGAGAGCGCGCCGACUUCGUCAGUUCGAUGGCGGACUCCCUGCGGGAGGAGCUGCAGGCGGCGCGCGAGGAGCUCGCCGCAGCGGAGGAGCGGCUGCGGGCGCUCACGAGCUCGGAGAGGGACGACAGCCCGGGGCUCGUCCAGCUCGAAGCCGAGUCGAGGGCCAGGAAGGCCGCGUGCGACGAGCUGGAAGCUUCAAAGGCCGCGCUGGGCCUGGCACAGUCUCGCAUCAAAGUGCUCGAGGCGGCCCUCGGAGCGCAGGACUUUGUCUCCGACGCAUUCGCAGAGGAAGAUGAGGAGGAGCCGGACGAGGAUCAGCAGCCGGUCCCCACCGAGCUCGGGAACGCGGCGAGCCGGGCGACUGCAGCGGAGGAGUUCAAGUCCAGGUCCAUCUUGCUUGACCAGAAGAAGGUUCUGCGCGACAAGGUCAAGGUGCAGAAGGCUCAGCUCAGCGCCAUAUUUCAUGAGAAUACAACUCUUCACCUAGCCCUGAACGAGGUGCAGAAGGAGAUGUACUCCCUCACCUCCAAGCUCCGCAAGCGCAUCCCAGAUAGCCAGCAGGGGACGGUGGACGUCGAGUCUGUGCUCAAGAGAAUGGAGAAAGUGGCGGCCAGCGGCAUCGGCGGUUACAUCCGGCUCCACAAGCAGGCUCACCUUAAGGAGGUGGCCGCCGCUGCCGUCUGCGGCGCGGCCCGCGGCGCCGACUCGCCGCGGGCGCCGGCCGACGCCGCGAGAGCCGCGCGGGAGGCCGCGGGCGCGGGCGCCUCGGGCAGCCCCGCGCCUCCUGCGGACGGCGGGGGGGGCGAGCCGCAGCGGGACGGGCGGGCCCCGGCCGCGGCGCCGACGGUGGGCUCGCCCCGCAGCAGGCAAUGGGUCAAGGGGGCGCCGCUGAGCCAGGUGCUGAGGGUGCUGCACGAAAUCAGGCAGACGCUCCCGAAGCCACAGGCUCCAGCUCAGGCCAGGAGCUUCGCGACCACGGUACCGGUCCUCGACGAGGCAGGGGAUUACGAGUGCGAUGCAUGUGACGACAGCGAGUGUUUCGGGCUCUACGAAAUGGAGUUCGAUGAGCAGGAGCUCGCCACCAUCCUCGUUUCGCUGGACUCACAGGAUCUUGACGAGGAGCACAUCAUCGAGGUGUUUGCUGAGGUGACGCUCCCUCAGCGUCGUCGUACGUGGGCAGAAUCUAGGCAGCUCAAGACGAACAGAAAAGUGGACAGGGAUUUCUUUGACCGCAGCAAGGGAAAGGGAACGAAGAAGGUCACCAGAGACGAUUUUAAAAAGAGGUCCCGCUGUUCGAACUGCGGGGAAAAAGGGCAUUGGCGAGAAGACUGUCGACGACCAUAUCGGAGUAAGGCCGAUAGGCUGAAGUCCGAGUCAUCACGGCCGGCAGCGGUCAACAAGGGCCCGGACAAGAAGCCAGCGCAGAGCUCGUUCUACUUCAAUUUGGACUACGACGCGACUCACUCCGGGACGAGCUGGGCAGCGAUUUUGGAUGAGUCGGGCCAGGUGGGCUCGCUCUCCGCUGCCGCCGCGACUGCGGGUCAGGUGGACCAGCAGGAGCACGACCUGGGUCAGGUGGAUCUGGAGAUGCUCGCGGCGGCGACGCUGCAGGACAUGGACGAGUAUGCGCUGGUAGACACCGCUGCUGGACAGGCUCUGAUUGGCACGCCAGACAUCGACAAGCUGAGGGCUGCUUUCAAGAAAACGGGUUUCGAGAUACACUUUGUCGACACCGACAGAGUCCCCACGGCGAACGGAGUCGGGCCGGGCCGUGUCACGUACCAGAUGCUUGACAGUGAGUUUUCCGCUUGCAGCGUUGUCGAGAGCAUCUGGGUCGACGGCAUCCCGAGCGAGACCCUGAGCUUCACGGGCCGCUGGAUCGGGUACACCGAGUUCCCGAUCGAGCGCUCGAAUCAGAGCCGGAGCGCCCGCUCGCUACGGAGCUUGAGGCACCAGGCGCUGAAGGCCCAGCGCGACGACUUCCAGCCCGACGAGGACCUGGAGGUCAUUCCCGAGAACACGGAGGAGGACCCCGACUCGGAGCUCGAGAUGAACUGGGACCAGACCCCAGAUCCUUGGAUAGACGGCAUGCUGAGCUCAAUCAACUACGAGGAGGAGAGCAUGACGGCGGUGGAGAAGGAGCUGUUCUUCGAGGGUGCCUUCCUGCUCAGCCCAGCUGCGCGCACCUGGAGGAGGCGGUCGAUCAAGAUGAUGCUGUACCUCAGGGUGUGUGCGAUUUCCCGUCUGUCGGCGAUCGUAGCCCCUCGCAUGUCCAAGGUGAAGAGCGAGGAGGAGGAAGCGAAAGCGAGCUGCUCCCAUCCGAUGGAGGCGAGGUGGAGCGGCGGAAACGGGCACGGGUACUACACGAAGUGCCGGAUCUGCGACACCCGGCUCAGCUUCGUAAGGAAAACGAAGGAGGAGAUCGAGGAGACCAAGCGCAAGGUGCUGGCCAAGCGCGAGUCCAAGACGAAGGUCGAGAAGGAGGAGUCGCCGGCGGAGAUCAAGGUCGAGCCUCCGCCGAGGUACAAGGCUCCGUCGAGGUACGUCGAGUUCUGCGACGGGGUGCCAGUCAAGCCGCCACCGCCGACGGCGAAGAAGUCCUUGCCAGUCACGAAGCCGAGGGCGAUCAGCAGCACGGCAGGCAGCGCCGGUGCGGCGAGCAGCAGCAGCGGCAAUCUCAGCAACAUCGAGAAGGGCUUCGAGACGAUGCAGUGGAUGAUGGUGGAGGACCGCAAGGAGCGCCAACAGCAGAUGGACCUGCUGAUCAGUGUGAUGAAGGGGCUCGGAGCUCUGCGCCCGGUGGCCGCGCCUCAGGCUGAGAUCCUUGACGCCCUUCCCGACCCAGGAUCUCACGGCAGCUGGAUUGUCAAGAGCUUCAAAGCCGCGGCGAGAGACCUCGCCCGCCCGGCCUUAGAUGGUCUCCCCGCCAGUUCCCUGGACAUCGAGCUCUGGACCGAGGCUGCCGGGGCCCCAGUCGGCCUCGACCCUAGGCAUCCAGUUUUCUGGGAGCAGGCGGAGUCCGAGAUCACGGGAGAGCUUCAGGAGGCUUCGGGAGCUGCGAGUUCGACCUGGUGUUUCGCGGACCGCUUCGCGGACUUCGAACAGGACAUCCAGAAAGCCCUGCAGGAUUUGGGGGCUACGAUAUGUCUCGAGCUCUUCUCCGUUCCGAGAGUGGAGCCCGAGCUCAGGUCCGAGAGGCAGCUCGCGAUGAAGCCCAGGGAGCUGAGCUUCUUGACUCCCAGGCCCUGGCCGGUCUCAGAUCGGAGCUCCAGAAUCCAUCUGGUCGCGUCGGGGCCGUCGACGUCGAGGCUGAAGGACCUCCACCCCCUGAAGCCUGGGACGCCAGGGAGCCGGAUCGAGAAGCGUUUGCCCCUCGGGCCGCCCAAGUCGAGCGACCAGUUUUGCCGGCGCCGCAGGCGAGCGGACCAGGACGCGUUCAGCGAGCCGUGCAGGAGUUCGAUCGGAGAUCGGGCGGAGUUUUGA